AAGAGUGUUUAUAAAACAUCUGUUUUUGCCAUUUUCCCAUGGAUUUCAAUACUAUAAUCUCAUCAAAAACUGUGCUGAUAGUCAUGAAAGCGUGCUUUUGAAGUGAUUUGAACUGUGCUCUAUAGUCGGCAAGAACCCUCAAAAGUCCAUUUAAAGAAGAAUGAUGUGCUCAAAUUCGGAUGAAACGCGUGGAAGCCGUGAAACUCGCCACAAGAUUUUUUGGACUGAUUUACCGAUUGGAGGGAGAAAUCUGGGAUAAUUUGUUUUUGUUUGAGGGCACGUCGGUUGUUUGCACGAAGGCUGGAAGUUCAAUAACGUUAUUGAACCUGUGCUGUUUGCUCAGCUGGCAUAGCAAAUUAAAGACUCAACCUCCCGCAUCUCCAACCAACUUCACUGGCGACCUUUGAUCUCAACAAAUCAUGAUUCUGCGCUGGACGGCCGUGUCGCGUUAGCGCCCAUCGCCCGAAGGCACUUUUCGCCAUGAGAAGCAGCUGCUUGCCGUCAGAGUCGUCAGCUCUGUUACUGUUGCUCACUUUCAUGCACCUCAUCUUGACAGACGCGAGUUCGGAACAGCCGCCGGUGGCGAGCGGCGCGGUAUCUGCGUUGCCGCCGCUGUUAUCAAUCGAGACGCUGCCGACGGCGAAGAGUCCAGAGGCACGAACCGAUGCGCCCAAAAAGCUGCUCGGCUACAUCUUCGACACGCACAUGAAUAUCAAACACCACCACCACGACCACAGAUGGGGUCCACACUUCGAGGAGGUCUCCAAUAGCACCAACAUCACCAUCAAAGUCGGCAGCUCCGUUACCAUGAACUGCCGCAUCAGCUUGCUUCAGGAUAAGACUGUUUCGUGGGUGCGGCGGAAGGACGGCAAAGAACUCGAGUUGCUGACUGUUGGUCUGCACACGUACACCGGCGACUCGAGGUACACGGUGGAAUUCCAAUAUCCCAACAACUGGCGCUUGCAGAUCAAGUACGCAAACAAAAGAGACGAGGGCACCUACGAGUGCCAAAUAUCAACGUACCCGCCCCGGGUCAUAAGAGUCCACUUGCACAUCAAAGCACCUGAAGUCCUAAUUGUCGACGAGCACGGUCGGCCGAUUUUCGAGAAGUACUACAAAGCGGACAGCACAAUUCAACUCGCUUGCUUUGUGCGCCACGUCAGCAUGGUCUCGUCGGUGGUGCUGUGGAACCACGGAAACAAUACGCUCAAUUACGACGUCACCAGAGGCGGCAUAAGCGUGAAGACGGAGCUGAUGGAGGACGGGGCGAACAGCUCGCUGGCGGUGGCGCGCGCCGACAAGGCCGACAGCGGCAACUACACCUGCUCCAUAUCUGCGACCGAGUUCGCCACCGUCGCAGUUCACGUGCUCAAUGGAGAGAAUCCAGCCGAACUGCACCACGGCAGCGGCAGCCGGCGCGGCCACAAAGGAAAUCCGGUGGCCCUGGGUCUGGUGCUCUUGGCAGCGCUCGUCCACACCCUCAGAUGAGAUUCGCAGCAAUAAAAGUGCGAACAUAAAAAAAACUUGACAAGUUAUGAAUUUAUCAAUGUGCAGUUCAAAAGCGAUAAAAACAAACUUUUGCUAUAUUGAGAUAAAAAGCGAAUGUGAAAAAAUGAUGUUCUGUACACGCACACGACGAUAAGAUUGUUUUAAUCAUAUUGAAAUGAAAACAGAGAAUGCAUUUUAAUUAGAAAUGUCAAAAUAAAUUAAUUUUUGUACAAAUGCUGUGUGUUUUUGAGUGACUGAAUUGUUGAGUAUUGUUAUGAAAUUUGGGACAAAUGAAGACAAAGAAAAAAAGUACUACCGAAUAUUUUGUGGUUUGCGAAAGUCAAAAUGAAAAUGGUGUAUCACAUGUGAUAUUAAAUAAAGAAAAAAAA